AUGUGCUGCACCAGGCCGCCUCAUGUUUCAGUCGCCACAAUAUUCGAGAUAUCGCGAUACAUGUUUAUUUGUAAUGCACUAAUCAUAAGGUGGGCGAAUUCCCCGAGUUUCCGUCAAACUUUUGUUCUACUUAAAACCAAACUACACGAAAUUAGUGAGGUACACUCAUUUGGAUACGCUCAUUCAGUUGCCUGGAAAUAUCACAAGCGAGUGAUUCAGCCGGGUUCCAGGCCACUUCAUGAUUCAGUUGGCACGAUAUUCGAGAUAUCGCAGUAUAUUUUCAUAAAGGAAACUGCUCACAAGGUUGCUGUCGAAGAGUUUUCAGCAACCUUACAAACGUGUGAAGGUGAACUGAACAGGGGUGACUUGGGUGUACCCAGCAAGGAGCAUCGUAACACUGAUGUAUUAGAUUAG